AUGAUGGAGAGGAAUUACUCCAACCCAACUGAAUUCAUCCUCUUGGGAAUCACCAGUGAUCCAGACCUUAAAGCUACAUUUUUUGUCCUCUUUCUCAUCAUUUAUUUGGUUAUUCUUAUAGCAAAUCUUGGGAUGAUCAUCUUAAUCAGAAUAGACACCCACCUGCAUUUGCCCAUGUACUUCUUCCUAAGCCACAUGUCCUUCUGUGACCUCUGCUACUCCUCAGCCAUUGGCCCUAAGGCACUGGUGGACAUCUUUGCCAAAGACAAAUCCAUUUCCUUCACUGGUUGUGCUCUGCAACUGUAUUUCUUCACAUUAUUUGAAGAUUCUGAUUGUGUACUAUUAGCAGUAAUGGCCUUGGAUCGCUACAUGGCCAUAAGCAAUCCUCUGCUUUAUACAGUAAACAUGUCUAAACGGAUUUGCUACUUAUUGAUUGCUGGUGUAUACAUGGUGGGGAUGAUGGAUGCUCUGAUCAUUACUACUUCAACCUUCACACUGAGUUUCUGCAGGUCUAAUGAAAUUAACCAUUUCUUCUGUGAUAUCCCUCCCCUUUUAUCACUCUCUUGUUCUGAUACCCAUAUCAAUGAGGUGAUGCUCUUCAUAGUUUCUGCCUUCAUUGAAACAGUGACCAUUCCAGGAGUCCUCAUCUCUUACUGUUACAUAUUUUUGUCUGUGUUGAAAAUCCACUCAACUGAAGGCAGAAGGAAAGCCUUUUCUACCUGUAUCUCUCACUUAACUGUUUUUACUAUCUUCCAGGGUACUGUCCUUUUUAUGUACUUCAGGCCAAGUUCUGCCUAUUCAUUAGACCAAGACAAAAUGACCUCUCUGUUUUAUGCCCUCGUCAUUCCCAUGUUAAACCCCUUGAUCUACAGUUUGAGAAACAAAGAUCUGAAGAAGGCUCUAGGAAAUUUGAGAAAUAAAUUAGGUUUUUAA